AUGGCCUCGACCAGUCCGCGCGUUCAAGCUUUGGUCCUCGACGCAGGUCCGCUUCUGUCCCUAGCACCGUUAAGAGGGCUCGCAAAAGAAUACUAUACCGUCCCCCAAGUCCUAGGAGAACUAAAGGAUGAGAAAUCGCGGACGCACUUCCAGAAUCUAGGUCUCUCUGCAGGUGUAAAAGUUGAAACGAGGGUCCCAGAUACUGCUGCGAUAGCUCACGUAACCCUCGCGGCCAAAAAGUCGGGCGACUACUCAGUACUUUCAACCGCGGAUUUAUACGUUAUUGCGCUUACAUAUGCUCUUCAUCAAGAGUAUAUGGCUCGUAACGCAGCGACCAAAGAUGAAAUAGGUACAUCAGCAGAGAGCAAAACUCGCGAGGAUGCACUUCGAAUAUCGGAAGACUGCGACAAAGUGGAAGAGCAGGUUAUGAACGAGAAGGAACUAGACGAAUUAGCGGCAGAGUUCGAAAGGCUACCGCUCUCCUCAGAGAUCCAUGGAUCCAAGGAAAGCAAGGUUCCUGCCGCUAAGGACACGACGCACGAAGACGAACCACUCUACGACGACCCCUCUGACGAGGAUGAUGGUCAAGGAGAAUGGAUCACGCCAACCAACGUUGCAUUGCACAAGUCACGAGCACUUGAUCUGCUACCGGACGCAGCGAAUCAAAAAUCCAAGAAGAAACCAGUCGACGCAGAACCAGUGGUUGUGGGCUGCAUGACAGCAGAUUACGCCAUGCAAAAUGUUCUGCUGCACAUGGGUCUCAACCUCGUUGGCGUCGAAGGUACGCGGAUAUCGAGCGUAAAGAGCUGGGUGCUUCGUUGCCAUGCCUGCUUCAAAAUUUGUAAAGACUCUUCAAAAAAAUUCUGUCCAUCCUGUGGAAAUCCUUCUCUAUUACGCACGACCAUUUCUACAACCGCUCCUACGACACCAGGUGGACAGGCAAAGGUGCAGAUCCAUCUGAAAAACAACUUCCAAUACCGAACCAGAGGCACAAAAUACUCUAUCCCAAUGCCAAAGCCGGGCACCUCUAAGACAGGCAGCGGUACUGGGAUCAUCCUACGAGAGGACCAGCAGGAGUAUAUGAAGGCGGUCGAGAAAGAGGCAAAGAGAGAGAAGCGGGAACAUGAUAAGCUCAUGAAGACCGUUAUGCAAGCCGACUCGCCCAAUAGCAACGCGGGGAGCGUUAAAGUGGGGGACUGGAAUGACCCAGAUUGGAUCCCAGAUAUGCUUGUUGGUGCUGGUAAGCGACAAGAUCUGCACGCAUUGCCCACCAUUGGUAUGGGUCGAAAGAAUCCAAACGAGCGACGACGGAGAAAGUAG